GCGCGAAAACGUGUGGUACCCAUCCCACGCUUCCCCAACUUUUAUCUCCCACCUCCGAAUCGCCGGGCCUCGGAUCACCCUCCGAAUCGCCUAUAGCUCGCCGCGCCGGCCGCCGGAUUGACGAGACGAGACGAGACGAGACGUGCUCCGAUCAGAACGACCGAUCGUACUAGCUACGUGGAGAGUGGUCAGUGCUACUACGUAGUGCGGCAGCAUGGCCCCGACCGUUGCUACCACCGCGUCGCCGGCCGCCACGGCGGCGGGCGUCGGCGGCUCGCCCGUCGCGGCGGCCGAGGUGAAGCCGGCCAAGCGCACCCUCGGCGGCGGCCUCGGCCUCCCAGCGCUGCCGCCAUUGCCGGGCCUCGCCUCGCACGGCCAGCCUCGCGUCGCCUCCUUCUGCAAGAGGCUGGCGAGGAACGUGGUGGCCAUGGCGGCGGGGGAGGCGCCGGCGGCGCCGCUGGCCGCCAACGCCGAGAUCACCGAGUUCAUCAACGACCUGAAGCAAGAGUGGGACAGGAUCGAGGACAAGUACGCGGUGACGACGCUCGCCGUCGCCGCCUCGCUCGGCAUGUGGAGCGCCGGCGGAGUUGUGUCGGCGAUUGACAGGCUCCCUCUCAUUCCUGGCCUGAUGGAGGCCGUUGGCAUUGGGUACAGUGGGUGGUUUGCAUACCGAAACCUGCUGUUCAAGCCUGACAGGGAAGCUUUCUUUGCAAAGGUUAGGGAGGUCUACGAGGAUAUAAUCAGCGGUUAACAGAAAAUACUACUUAUAUACAAGCUCAGUUCAAGGGAGGCUGCUACCGUAUUAUCAGUAGAAUCUAAUUUAAUUGUUCUUACUCGAUGUAUGUCUAUAUAAGUUGGACAUUACAGCUAAAUAACAUUUCCAGAAUGUUUACUCAGUGUGUGGCAUACAAACGUUUGGGAAUUUUGUUGGAGAAUUACCUCAGAGUUGAAAUGCAUUGUCCACUGUCCAAAUGUUCUGUCAACCAAAUUGCAUCUCUCUGUUUUUAGAGAGAGGGAGAG